UCCAGUACCAGAAAUAGAGGGAAGAGCAGGAAGGAUGAGGCGGCUGUGCUCUUUGACCGGGUUGCUGGUGGUAAUGAUGGUAACCCCUUGGCUCACUGUAGCGGGAGCCAAUGAUUCAUCAGAAGCAAUAAGGUGUUCCGAAUGCCACAGCAACGCCACCUGCAUGGUGGAUGGAGUGGUUACAACAUGCUUCUGCCAGCUGGGUUUCACUGGUAACGGGCUGCACUGUGAGGACGUGGAUGAGUGUGCCAUCCCUCAGGCUCACAACUGCUCUGCCAACAGCGUCUGCGUGAACACACUGGGUUCCUACGCAUGCGCCUGCCGGCAUGGCUUCCGUCUGACGCCUGGGCUGGGCUGCAUUGAUGUGGAUGAAUGCGCAGAGCUGGGACUCAGUGACUGCCAUGCACUAGCUACCUGUGUCAACACGGAGGGCAACUACUCGUGCGUGUGUCCCAAGGGCUACGAAGGGGAUGGUCGGCACUGUGAGUGCUCCCCAGACUCCUGUGGUCCCGAUCUGGACUGCUUGCCCCAGGGCCCGGGGGGAGCACUAGUGUGUGUAGACCCCUGCAACGUGCAUGAGACCCUGGCCGAGUACUGGCGCAGCACGGAAUAUGGUGCCGGCUACUCCUGUGACUCUAAUUUGCAUGGCUGGUACCGGUUCAUGGGCCAGGGUGGCGUGAGCAUGGCUGAGACCUGUGUGCCGGUCCAGAGAUGCAACACAGCUGCGCCCAUGUGGCUCAAUGGCUCGCAUCCAUCGAGCAACGAGGGCAUCGUGAGCCGCACGGCCUGUGCGCACUGGAGCGGCAACUGCUGUCUGUGGUCCACAGAGAUUCAGGUGAAGGCCUGCACAGGUGGCUACUAUGUUUACAACCUGACGGAGGCCCCCGAAUGCAAUCUGGCUUACUGCACAGAUCCUGGCUCCGUGGAGGGGACCUGCGAAGAGUGCGGGGUGGACGAGGACUGCAUAUCAGAAAACGGCAGAUGGCGCUGUCAGUGUAAAAAGGACUUCAAUAUCACAGAUAUAUCUCUCCUGGAUCACAAGUUAGAGUGUGGGACCAAUGACAUCAAAAUAUCCCUCAGCAAAUGCCAGCUCCAGAGUGUGGGCUUUAUGAAGGUCUUCAUGUACCUGAGUGACAGCCAGUGCUCGGGCUUCAGUGAGAGGGGUGAACGAGACUGGAUGUCCGUGGUGACACCUGCCCAGGAUGGCCCCUGUGGGACAGUGUUGAGGACGAAUGAAACCCAUGCCACCUACAGCAACACCCUCUACCUGGCAAAUGAGAUCAUCAUCCGAGACAUCAACAUCAGGAUCAACUUUGAAUGCUCUUACCCCCUGGACAUGAAAGUCAGCCUGAAGACCUCCCUACAGCCCAUGGUCAGUUCCCUGAACAUCAGCUUGGGUGGGACAGGCAUGUUCACCGUGCGGAUGGCGCUGUUCCAGAGCCCUGCCUACACACAGCCCUACCAAGGCUCCUCUGUGAUGCUGUCCACAGAGGCUUUUCUGUAUGUGGGCACCAUACUGGAUGGGGGUGACGUGUCCCGGUUUGUACUGCUAAUGACCAACUGCUAUGCCACGCCGAGUAGCAACGCCACAGACCCUGUAAAAUACUUCAUUAUCCAGGACAGAUGUCCAAACACAUUGGAUACAACCAUUCAGGUGGUGGAGAACGGCGAGUCCCCUCAGGGCCGGUUUUCUGUUCAGAUGUUCCGGUUCACAGGAAAUUACGACCUUGUCUACCUGCACUGUGAGGUGUACCUGUGUGACUCUGUGAAUGAACAGUGCAAGCCUAGCUGCUCUGGUACUAGACUGAGAAGUGGGAACUUCAUAGAUCAGGCCCGGGUCCUGAACUUGGGCCCCAUCACACGGCAAGGAGUCCAGGCUGCUGUAUCCAAGGCUGCUUCCAGCAACUUAAGGCUCCUGAGCAUCUGGCUGCCUCUGUUUCUCUCCGUCACUUUGACCCUGAUGUCUCACUGAUGGACAGAAGGAAACCUGGUGUGGCUUCCAGCUCACUUCCUGCCGGCCAGGAGGGGAGCUGCAGGCUGGUUUCCAGCCAUAGGAGAGGGACUCACACUGCUCCCAGAUUGCACUUACUCUCUCCCUUUCAUCCUCACACUCAAAACCUAGUAGUUAUCCUUCAGUGCUGCUCUUUCUCCAAACGGGACUUGUGGUACAUCUGCACAUGGAGCCCCUGUCUCCUUAAGGAAUAAUAAUAAUAA